AUGCUAAUCAAAGUUCCUGAGGGUGUAGACCACAUUAAGAACCUUAUCGAAGCCUUCAACCUGCUCCGACAAUACUGCAUGAAGCUGAAUUCGAGUAAAUGCACGCUUGCUGUAUCAGCCGACCAGUUUUUGGGAUACCUGGUCGCUCAACAAGGUAUUGAAGUGCACCCAAGCCAAAGUAAGGUCAUUCUUGAGAUGAAGUUGCCCUCAACAAUGAAGGAAAUACAAAGUCUGACAGUAAAAGCAGUGACACUUAACCGAUUCCUCUCGAGAUCUACCGAAAAAUUCAGACCAUUCUUCAAAGCUUUGAAGAAGGGACAAAAAGACAAGUGGGACGAGGAGUGCGAAACUUGUUUAGCUCUCAUCCGAGAAGAACUAGGGGCCAAACAUCCUGUAUUCUACACGUCAAAAGCUCUCCUUGAUGUGGAGACUCACUACCCGAAAUUCGAUAAGCUCAUUUUGGCCCUUGCAGUUUCCACGAGAAAAUUGCGACCCUACAACCAAGCUAACCGGAUCAUCGACAUGAUUGACUUUCCUUUGCGAUCAAUUCUCCACAGCCUUGACGCUUCUCAGUGA